GUUGGUGGGAUGUUUACACAGCAUUAUUUUCAACCGAGUCUGUUGGCACCAGGAGCAAGAUAAAAAUAGCACCUCAGACAUUUUGCCCGUUUUUAUGAACAAGACCAACGCAGUGACAGGCCUUUUGCUCUGUGAGAAGGUGCAUUUGGGUGGACCGAAUAUUGAGAGUAACACAAUAGAUCGCGUUUCCCAAGGCAUUUCCGGCCAAGCUGUACAUGGUGGAGUGUUAUGUCUAGUGGAGCUCUAUUUGGAUUGAUCAAAGUAAAAGACCUUUCCAUUGACUUUGCUUGUUAAUAAUUUGCACCCCACCAAGAAACGCACAGCGUGUAUGUGCGCAACGCGGCUGAGAGGAUGGAGCCAUUGCGUCCUGGCUGUUGCAUUUUUACUUUAUCGGUAGGCCUACUACUUGAGAUCUUCGUAGGCCUGUCAUCGUGUACAGUCCAGCGGGAUUACUGCUCCCAGCCUGCUAACCUCAGCAUCCCCGCGUGUCAGACUACAGAGGCCUAUAAUCAGACUGGCCUUUUGGUGCCGCUUAACAACAUCACCUACUUUCCCAACAUCCUUGGCCACGAGAUCAUGCUGCAGGCCAAAGCGGGCUACCACGAUUUCCAUCCGUUCCUGCAGGCGCAGUGCUCCCCCCAUCUGCAGCAGUUCCUGUGCCUUGUGUUCUUCCCAAGGUGUUUCCCCGGAAUGGCCAUCCCGUUGCUGCCCUGCAGGACUUAUUGUCAGCGCAUAAGAGACGAUUGCAUGAAGACAGCCCUCAUUCAAAGCACUGGUGUGGCUUGGCCAGAGAGCUUGAACUGCGAGAUACUUGACAAUUACGACUCUGACAAUUUGUGCAUCGAUCCCUUUUUUGGCGAGGGUGAGGAUGAUGGUAGUGAGGAAAGAAAUGACGGAGACACCGAAGAGUCGGCCCGAGUCACACCUGCACCCCCUGCCGUUCGUCCCGACCCUUCCCAACGCUGCCAGCCACUCCCCGACGACCCGAUCUGCCAGGCGAUGCCGUACUCCACCGUCAUCUUCCCAAAUAUUGCCGGUCAACAGGACCCCGCCGAAGCCCUGGAAGAGUUACACAAGUACAGCGUGUUCAUGUCGGACGCGGGGCAUUGCUCCGAUCUCCUGAGAACCUUCCUGUGCCUGACAUAUCUACCACCCUGUAAGGUUUUAAAAGAUAUUGCCGUGCCGAUCCCUCCCUGCCAGUCGUUGUGUGAGCAGGUUCUUACCAAGUCCUGUCUGUCCGUCAUGGCUGCACUCAAGACGGAGCUCCCUCCAAGCUUGACUGACUGUUCUAUCUACUCGACACAAAGUGAAUCGUACCCGACAUGUCUCAUGCCAGGGGUUCAUUAUGACCCGCUGGUACCCUGGUCCCUACCUGAGAUUAUAGCAAGCCAGUCAUCUGAAAAUUGCAAGGAGUACGGCUGCCUUGAUGUGCCGCACGCCGAGUGUUAUUCUCUUUGGUAUACGGUGACAGUCUUUCCCACAACCUUGGGCUAUACCAGCAUGCAGGAGGCAAUGGAAGAUCUGGACCUCCUGGCCCCGCUCAUCGACUCAGGCUGCUCGGCGGACCUCCUUAACUUUGCUUGCGCUGGAGCUUUCACCACUGAGGGCUUAGGCUCCUCACACACAGUGUGGCCAUUGCCGUGCCAGACGGUCUGCGAGGAUAUUUGGAAGAGUUGCCGCACGAAGGCGAAAGAGCUGCUGGAAAAACGGCCACGGGUGUUGAAAUGCCAUUUGUAUCCGGAAAAGGACUGCUAUCCAGAUGUGAAGAAACCCCAAGAGCCAGUGACAAUCCUAAACGCCAGCCGUGUCAACUUAACCCAAGGUAUUGUCGAAUUUAUCAAGGACAUUGGGUAUGUUUGGUACGACAAGAUUUUACGACAUGAAAUCCGACAAGGUUCCUCGAAUCUUCAAUGGAACGAUACAGGCCUACAGAAGAUAUAUGUCGAGUUGCCUGACAAGGUCGGGUAUCAUGCGUUGUUGUGGUCUUCGAAUAUCAACGGGCGCGGAACUCAGCCUUCAACGGUCUGGUUUCCUCCCUACGUCACCGAGUCAUUGCCUGACAACUGCGAGCGAGCUGACAUAAUGCACUGCAGCCGACUUGGCUAUGACACCGUCGUUCGUCAGGAUCGCUACUGGCAGUGGGACCCCCCAGACAGGCUGCUGACUGAUUGGCAAAAUUACUUUUCGGAAGACUUGCUGGAGUCUGGUGAUGGCUGCUUACCGCGUCUGCACGAGUUACUCUGCACCAUCAUGGCACCCCCGUGUUCAUCGUAUCUGUGGGGGCUCCAAAGGCCUUGUCGGGAGUUCUGCACGAGCGUUCGUAGCGCAUGCAACGCCUCGUCACACGGCGAUCAACUUAACUGGCUACUGGGGAUUUUGCCAUGCGAUCGCUUUUCGUCCAAGGCAGAUUCCUCACGCUGUAUCAAAGAAUUUGAUUGGAUGACAUCUGAGGCUUCUAUUCGCAGAGAUGAUUUUCAAUUUUUCGAUGAGCGCGUGAGGGUGUACUGCUUAGUAGAGGAAGAGACGCCGGAAUCACCGCCAGAGUUCUACGGUCCUGAUGGCGAACUCAUCCCACCGACUUUACCCUCUGGUCAUCUGCUGUCAGGGGGGCGUGUCAUGCAGCUUUCCCCAAGGUUGACAAUGCUCUACUUCGACAAGGUUCGUCUGGAAGACACUGGCACUUACACGUGCAAGUCAGCUGGGGGAAAUUUGCCUCGAACAACCAUCAUCCGGCCACUUGUAAGAUGCAUCCCAUCUUUCAACCACACUCUGUGCGCUCCGUUCUUACGUACCGGCUUCGUUCAGUCCCCUGAUGUGCUCGGUCACACCUCCCAAUACCAAGCCGAGGUCUCUUCCUACCACUUCCUUCCUCUGCUGAGCACCAAAUGCUCGCCUGAUCUCUUGGAGCUGGUUUGCGCCCUCUACGCCCCGGAAUGUACUAAUGAUGUCUAUUGGUACGACAGAAUGUGGGACAGCAAUCUUCCAUCGCAGCAGUUAUGUCGCAGAGUGAAGAGUGCAUGCACCGAGGCUGCUACCAGGAUUGGCUUUGAAUGGCCAGUGGAGAUCAACUGCGACAAGCUGCCAUUCGACGACGACGACCAACCUGAAGUCUCAAUUGUAGAACAAAUGGUCCCCACCAAAAGAGACUGCAUUAACCUCCGCCGCUACGACAUCACAGACAAAGGCAUCGAGUACCUAUUCUAUGGCUGGGUUGACGUGCAGGGACAGGGUACGGCGAACGAUUACUGCAGAGUUGUAUCAAUCGGCCAAUUCAAGAUGUUGUCCUGCGCUUUGGCUGGUACCCAGGGCCAAAGCCAAUACAACUACGAUUCUCCCAAUCCGGAGACCUGGCUUGACCUGGGUCACACGGACACGUGGUACAUGAAAGACGAAGAUGGCGAUGGCAGAGACGAUUAUUGCAGGUGUGUUAGUGCGCCACCUGAUACAUACAUCUCGUGCUUGAGAGCUGGAGAGAAGGGAUUUGAAGGGGAAUUCAAGCCACAUGGGGCCAUCCAAGGUGAUUGUCAGCACAUCACGGUGAACAGGAUGCUCGGCCCGUGAAGAGGCACACUUUUACCAGCUUGUGAUGUGUGAUACGAUGCCUAGUGUGAAUAAUAACAGCUCUGAAACCUAACUGUAGCCUAAUAUAGCCUUGUUGCAUAAGGAAACAGGUGUAUGCAUGCUGUAAUGAUUGUAAAUGUUCUGGGGUAGCAUUUAACUAAUAUUAAUAAGUUUUGAACAGAAUCAAGUUUGACAAAGGCUAAUUGUAACCAGUGGAAUUCGUGGCAGGAAAUUGGGAGGGGGGAUAAGGGUAGGGAAAUGGGGGGAGGGAGCCUUGCCCGCACAUCCACGUUUUGAAAAGUGGGUGGGAGAGGGGUGCUGACACUAUGUGACACUAAAUACUAAGCUAUGUUCGUGUUGUGUACGUCUUUAAUAGAUUAUUUUCAUGCAGAUUCGUACAUCACACCACAUAUUUGUCCCUGUUUUUGAUUGUUUUCCUUUUGAGUGACAUUGAAUACAUGUUGGUUGUUGGGAAGUCCGGGGAAUUCUUCACAAUCCGCUUUAUUUAUUUUUUCACUACGAAAAAGUAGGGAUAAAUUAAUAGUCCAUUCCCAUGGCCAAAAAAGUGUGUGUGGAAGGCGGGGGAAUACAUAGCCCCGUAUCCCACUACUUAUUUACUACAUUCGAGCCACAUCGUUACCCAGAGCACCAUUAAUACAAUGUUCUGCUUUUCAGGAGGAAAUUUGAAUGUCUCCAUCACAUGUUUUUCAUUCUUCAUUACAGGAGGUUGUUGUUAGAAAUAAGGUUAUCCUGCAAAAUCAGAGGAACAUAUUGUUAAUUUUUAUCUACUUCUCCAAACCAGCAAAUACGUGUUUUGAAGUCUAUAUGAAAUAUAAUAUGUUUGAAUGAGUAAACUAAA